GGAAGGAAAGGAAAGAUGUCAUCACUGGGAACUUCAAAGGGGAUUCUAGAGAUCGUCAAGUUUGAGGUUUACGUUACUGUACCCAUCGUUCUUAUGUACGUUUAUGCUAGCAAUACCGACAACACCCUCCACAAGUUCAUCGGAAAAAAGUCAUACGUUGAAUAUCCCAAGGAUACACAAAAGCCACCACCACCAGAGGAGCUUAGACAGAUGGCGCGGGAGAUAGCUCGCAAAAGGAACAACUCCUGAUGCUUCUUGUGGGUUGGUUGUGCUUUAGUGGUUAUGUACUAGUAUCUGUAUCACUUUAAAUGUGCCAUUGCUAUGUAUAAUGUUCAAUCACUUCUAAACAUUUUCAAUAAAAGGUUUUUCUAUCCUUAUUUGCGAAACUCUUAAGUUGUAACAUAUUUUUACUUUCUUUCUAGUGUUAAUCAUAUUUUUAAUCCCAA